AUGACCCGCUUGCCAAUUCUGGCCCAUUAUCUGUUAUUAGCUCCUCCGGAGGCCGGGGGCGAGCAGUGGCGCGGCGGAGGCGAGGCGAGGCCUGCGGCGCCCAGCGCGGCGCCUCUCUGUGUCUUGCAGUUCCUGACGGAGCUCACGAGGCUCUUCCAGAAGUGCCGCACGUCGGGCAGCGUCUUCAUCACCCUGAAGAAGUAUGACGGCCGAACAAAACCGGUCCCGCGCAAAGGGCACGCCGACAGUUUUGAACCAGCGGAUAAUAAAUGUCUUCUAAGAGCAACUGAUGGAAAGAAGAAAAUUAGCACAGUGGUGAGCUCCAAGGAAGUGAACAAAUUCCAGAUGGCGUACUCCAAUUUGCUGCGAGCCAACAUGGAUGGCCUGAAGAAGAAGGACAAGAAAAGCAAAAACAAGAAGAGCAAAGCAACCCAAUGAUGGAGCAGCGGCCUACCCUUAUUUCGGCAGACCAGACCCUUGCUCAGAGCAAAGUCCCUUUCCUUUUGAGUUACCACUUGUCUUUGGCUUUCCUUCCAGCAGGAUACUGGGAUGUGAUCAGUGCUUGUGUUUGAACUGAAAGCCAAAAGCGCUUUCUCUGGAUUGCUGUAUGGCAGGAGUAUGUAAGAGGGUUAGACCCAAAGAGCUUCACACUCAACUGCCAACUAGUUUUGUACUUACUGCUGUUUGUUUUGUACUAUAGCAAUGGGCAGCGUAAAACCCAUGGGGGGGGUGGCACGGAGCGGGGAGAAAUACAGUCACGGGGGCCAAGCGACGCCACAGCUGGAACGGCGGCACCGGGCGUCCUGCGGGCGGACAGGCCUCGGCCUCCGCUGCGCUGCGGAAAGCCGGUGCCAAGGUUUUCCCGGGAACAGCAGCUUCCCUGUUUGCAUCUUGCUUUGGGGGCUGUGCCUGCAUGCUGCAGAGCAGAUGCCCCCAAGGCAGCAGGGUGCCUGAGCCCUCGGGGCAGCUGGGGCUCUGCUCCGCUGCUCACAGCUCUGCUGCCUCGAGAGGAGGGCGAGACGCUGCCUUGUUCCGUUCCGACGUGGCUUGAGAACAUUCGCGGCAACAGAACUUCUUGUUCUUUUUCAGUUUCAUCCUUCAGCAUAUUCAGGGAUCUGUUUUCCCUGUACUUCACAACUUAAAGUAGCGCCUUCCUCAAAGCAGAUGUAAACGUUGGAUAUUUAAUUGUUCCUAUUAAACACAAUGAGAAAUGGA